CUAGCUUACUAGCUUCCAGUAGCAACUUGAGAAGAGCCAACAAGCCUUGUCAACAUUAGCUGCAGUAAAACACCGUUUUAUGUCAACAAGGUGCUCAAAAAGGCUGUGCACAUAUUUCUCUCAAAAACCGGAGCUUUGGACAUUAAAACUGGGGUGCCCAUCUCUGUUGAGUUUCCCCUGCUAGCACUGGCUGUGACUCGCUGGUCACUAGAGGGGCCCCGUCAGAGCAAGGGCCCACUCUGCAGCUCCAGGUGUGUGUGUGUGUGUGUGAGAGAGAUUGUGUUGAGUGCUCUGGAGACUCCCAGCUAAGAUGUCCUCCAUCUUGCCGUUCACCCCUCCUGUGGUGAAGAGGCUUCUGGGCUGGAAGAAGACAAGCAGCGGUUCAGGAGGCGCUGGUGGAGGAGAGCAUAACGGCCAGGAGGAGAAAUGGUGCGAGAAGGCGGUGAAGAGUUUAGUGAAGAAGCUGAAGAAGACGGGUCAGUUAGACGAGCUGGAGAAAGCGAUCACCACACAGAACUGCAACACCAAGUGUGUCACCAUCCCCAGCAAUUGCUCUGAAAUAUGGGGACUGAGUACACCAAAUACGAUAGAACAGUGGGAUUCAUCAGGCCUUUACAGCUACCCUGACCAAACCAGAACCAUGGAUGGCCGCCUGCAGGUUUCCCACAGGAAGGGGCUUCCUCAUGUUAUUUACUGUCGUUUGUGGCGGUGGCCGGACCUCCACAGUCACCACGAGCUUCGCGCCAUCGAGGCCUGUGAGUACGCCUUCCACCUCAAGAAGGAUGAGGUCUGCAUCAACCCCUACCACUACCAGAGGGUGGAGACCCCAGUGCUGCCUCCUGUUCUUGUGCCAAGACACUCAGAGAUCCUGCCAGAGCUGCCACCUCUGGACGAUUACACUCACUCCAUACCGGAGAACACAAACUUCCCCGCAGGAAUCGAACCUCCAAACAACUAUAUACCAGAAACGCCUCCUCCAGGCUACAUCAGUGAGGAUGGGGAGGCCAGCGAUCAACAGAUGAAUCAAAGUAUGGAAACAGGUUCUCCAGCAGAGCUCUCCCCCAGCACUCUGUCUCCUGUCAAUCACAGCAUGGGGUCCUCUGCUGCAGACCUUCAGCCGGUGACCUACUCCGAGCCGGCCUUCUGGUGCUCGAUAGCGUACUACGAGCUGAACCAGCGCGUGGGCGAAACGUUUCACGCCUCGCAGCCCUCGCUGACCGUGGACGGAUUCACAGAUCCUUCAAACUCUGAGCGCUUCUGCCUCGGCCUGCUGUCCAACGUCAACAGGAACGCCACUGUGGAGAUGACCCGGAGGCACAUAGGAAGAGGAGUUAGACUCUACUACAUCGGAGGGGAGGUUUUCGCUGAGUGCCUGAGUGAUAGCGCCAUCUUUGUCCAGAGUCCAAACUGCAACCAGCGGUACGGCUGGCAUCCGGCAACAGUGUGUAAAAUUCCUCCAGGUUGCAAUUUAAAAAUCUUCAACAACCAGGAGUUCGCGGCCCUGCUGGCUCAGUCGGUGAAUCAGGGCUUCGAGGCGGUUUACCAGCUCACCAGGAUGUGCACCAUCCGCAUGAGCUUCGUCAAAGGCUGGGGAGCCGAGUACAGGCGGCAGACUGUCACGAGCACUCCUUGCUGGAUCGAGCUUCACUUGAACGGCCCGCUGCAGUGGCUCGACAAGGUCCUGACCCAGAUGGGUUCCCCGUCUGCUCGCUGCUCCAGUAUGUCCUAAACAGCUAAAGAAACGCCCCAAAAAAAACAAAAAAAAUAACCGCAGCCCAUUACAUGAUCAUUAAAUUCCAAACAUGCGAGUCCUUUCAUCAAAAAAAAAAAAGGAAAACCCCCACAGAAUGAAUUUUCUGUCACGUUCUUCAUAGUAUUUGUGGCCCAGUUCCACAUCCCUCUUUUACCUUUACACACACACACACACACGAACAAACGCACCCACACUGUCGCACACACACAUGCAUACAGACUUUUCAGUAAAAACAAAAAAAAAUUGGCACUUUGUUACCCAUCUAUGUCAUGCACCUUGUUAAAUUGCUUUCCCCAAAUCCUUAAUAUUAGAUCUAUUUGUGGUACAAAUGAAAAUGUAUAUUGGUUUUUAGUCCAGGAAGUAGGGGAAAUACCAAAAAUAUCUGUGAAUAGUUUCUCAGUAUUGAAGAUUGCUUGUAUGAGUAACACAAGCUUGAAUGCUCAAAUGAUGUGUUCUUGUUCCUAUCCCACCCCAACCAUUGUGCUGAUCCUAAGUUUACUUUUCUCUGGGAAAUAGUCAGGAGGGAUUUUAGCGGUGGCUCUGGGUGAAGAAAACCGAUGGCCUUGGUGGAAACGCCACAAUGUGUUUUAUGGAACAUUUUAAAAUUCGCCCUUUCUUUUUUUUACGUGUGUCGUUAUAAGACAUACUUCUUUAAUGGACAAAUAGGAAUGUUAAAGUAUAAAGUAAUUCCAAAAAGAAAAAACCCCAAACAAACUGCAAGCUCGAUCUGGAUGUAGUUUAUUUCUUUGUCAUUAUAUGGCACUCUAGUUAAAAUCCCCGCUGAUUAGCCUGGUAUUGGAGCUAAUGAGAGAGGUGCACUGGGCAGGGACCAGAGGAAAUCAGCUGGUGUUAAAAAUCUUUUUUUGACUCGACACUGGGAGUCCUGGGGCUCUCCGACGAGGGGGGGGGGGGGGGAGCUUUAAAACGCCAGGAGAAAUUGAAGGUAUCAUUCUGUUUUUAGCCUAUAUCCCCAUUGUUUUGCUACUUUUUUGUAUUCUCAUGUAUUUUUAUAUAUAAAUAUACUUAAAAUUUCUCUGUCGUUCACUUUUUAUUAAAGUAAUAUUUUCAAGACCACAGCUGUUUCUAAAAAGGAGGGCAUGGAUCAUUCCUUUUUCCGUUUACCCUAAAAAAAAAAUUAGUUUGUCUUGAUAUUAAAAACCUCUCACUGCCCCCACAUGAUGUGUUUCUAUCCUUUUUUCCCAAAGAAAUCUGGUGCAUUUAAAGUACUCCUUUCCUUGUAAUGCUUAUAAUGAUUCCAGAGGCAUGUAAAAAACAAACUUUGUAAUGGCCAUUCAUUCAGUCAUCUCUUUUAUUAUUAUUAUUUUUGAAACACACGUGACCUCUUGUAGCCUUUUGGUGCUUAGAAACAAUUGGCUUUUAAAAUGUUACAGAAGAAGACCUGUGUGUGUUAAUGUGUGUAUCUGUCGUUAAAAUACAGUAUGUACAACAAGACUUAUUAGCUUCAACUCUGCCAUUUUUUGUCAUUAUGUGGCUGUUGCGAGUUUAUAACAUGUCCCCUUCAUGUCCCUUUUCUCCCCCCUUAUUUUUGAUGUACAUGUGUUUACCUUAUGGCACUAGUGAUUGUACUUUAAGUGCACCUAGUGGCGUUUGGAUUUUGGGGAACUGAACCGUGUGUUAGGGUCCAGUGUUACAUUGUUUUUAUCUUUGGCCUCCAACAUAUGAAUGUGAAAAAAAAAAUGACAUUACAAAACCUGAACGUGGACCAGACGUACAUAUACAUAACAGUAGUACAGUAUGUGUGUAUUUAACAGUAAUCUUUUUGCAAAGCAGUCAGUACAGUAGAUGUCGCAGUUGUUUUACCAGUAGAGGGCCGUAUUGAUAGAGCAGUUCUUUUUUUUUUCUGACCAUAAGCUUCUCAGGCGUGUGGCAUAUUAUGCAGACUUCAUAAAACACUAAUAAAGAUUUUUAUUCUCAUGAU